AGUAAGAGACUGCGUGUGAGAGAGUCCAAGUCGGUGUGACAACAAAACUUAAACGAAAGAGAGCGAACAAAGCGUUCUGUGGUGUGCUCUGAAAUUCAAUCAAACAAAUUUCAAUGGCGAAACUUGAAGCGAAGUUAGGAAUGAUCGUUGACAAGGUCAAUCAAUUUUUCUCCGGCAACGACCUUCUUCCCUCCUGCGAUCCCGAUAUCGUCGCUGGAUGUGAAAGAGAGGUUGCUGAGGCAGAAAAACUACCCUCCUCUGAUGAGGCUCUGCAAGAAUCUCUCUUGCGUUUAUCAUGGGCUCUUGUCCACUCAAAGCGUCCAGAAGAUGUGCAGCGUGGAAUAGCAAUGCUUCAAACAUCAAUACCUAAUGCAGCUGAGCCGCUGCGGCAAAGGGAGAAGCUUUAUCUUCUGGCUGUUGGAUAUUAUAGAAGUGGUGACUAUUCAAGGAGUAGGGAUCUUGUUGAGACAUGCCUAGAGAUUGCACCCGACUGGAGGCAGGCAUUGACACUUAAGGAGGCGACUGAGGAGCGAAUAAAAAAAGAUGGUCUCAUUGGGAUAGGCAUUGCUGCAACUGCUGCUGCAACUGCUGUUGGACUGAUUGCAGGUGGGAUUGCGGCAGCCGUUUCUCGUAAAAGGUGAUAGAAUCCUUUCUAUUAAGCAUAUGAUCGCAGAUGACAUGUAAGAACAAACAGUAUGAUACUGUGAAUUUGCUGCAUCUUACUGCUUUUAAAGGAGGGAACAAACAAUGAUGUGUACAAAGUGGUGGAGAUAAUAUCCAAGUACUAGCUAGACUAGAUAAGAGAUAUGUUGUGUGUUUCAUGUUUUAAAAAAUUCUGUAUUUGUCUUCUUUGUUGUUGUUGUCUCCAUCUUUCUUACGAUGCAAUCCUUUUUUGACCAAA